AUGACCUCAGACAUUUGCCCCAUCAGCAGCCUCGUGGGCUCAUGCAAACCAUUCAGCUGUCAGACCGGCCGAGCAGAAAAGCCUCCAGUCUUCCUGAUUGAGAAGACUGUCUCUGUCGUCCCUCAGGCGCUGGCUGUGUGGCUGGGCUACCUACCAGCACUUGUUUACAUGCCCAUACGCAUACGCACAAGAAGAGUCAUGAUAGAAGAGAUGCUGGCAUGUCUGGCAGGAGUGAAGAGGACAAAAGAAACCCCUGACAAUACAUUCCUUCCAGGCCCCCCAAUCCACCGUCUCAAUCACACACGCACACGUUUUGUCGAUAAGGCUGGACGUGGCUGUCGGCCACGCAUGAAUGGAGCACAUGCCGGCGAGGGUUCUUCAGACCCGGUAGGUAAUUUCCUGUAUUUGCCGUCACUCUCCAAACGAAUGCUCAUUUGA